UGUUUUUGCAGAAAGUUAUUAUGGCCGGGCUAUUACACAUAAGUAAAUUGUGCAGUAAUAAAAAUACCCUUAAAUACACUUAUCACGUUACAUGUUACAAACAAUUUAGAACGCGACUGGAAGCCCGCGUGCUAUAUAAUACUUUUGCCAGUUCCAUCGAUGAUGCUAAGCAGAAUGCCAAGGGCAAGAAGAUUACACCUUUUACGCCCACGCCAGGCAAUAAGCUGCUGGGCGGCGUUUUUGCCAAGAAGGCAAAAGCGGCAGCAGCAGCUUCAACUGUAGCAUCAGCAGUGCUGCAACGACAACAACAACAACAACGACUGCCACAACAACAACAACAAUCAAGACAAUGUCACAUUCAUUUAGGCGGCAGCGAUGGUGGCACCGCCUUGGGCAAACUAGACGCCCCCGAGGUGACCUCCAAGGACAUGUUGCGAGCCAUGAUGGCGUAUAUUUGGCCCAAGGAGGAUCCACUAGUGCGAAAGCGUGUGGGCAUUUCGUUGGGUCUACUUGCCGGCUCCAAGCUGCUGACAGUCUGUGUGCCAUUUUUAUUCAAGGGAGCCGUGGACACAAUGUCGACACUGAACAUGGACACAGCACCCGACGCAGUGCUUUCCGCCGCAACGGCAAUGAUAUUAGGCUAUGGCAUUGCUCGGGCUAGUGCUGCUGGCUUUAAUGAACUGCGAAAUGCGGUGUUCGCUAAGGUCGCGCAUCAUUCCAUACGCAAAAUAGCUACCAAUGUGUUUCUGCAUCUGCACAACCUCGACUUGGCCUUCCAUCUGAACAAACAGACUGGAGCGCUGUCCAAGACAAUCGAUCGUGGAUCGCGUGGCAUCAAUUUUGUGCUCUCGGCGAUGGUGUUCAACAUUGUGCCUACCAUAUUUGAGCUGGCGCUGGUAUCCAGCUUGCUGGGCUUCAAGUGUGGUCUGGCUUUUGCUGGCGUCAGCAUGGGUUGUGUUGGGGUCUAUGCGCUGUACACGCUAAGUGUGACGCAGUGGCGCACACAGUUCCGUGUCUACAUGAACCAAGCGGAGAACGAGGCGGGUAACAAGGCAGUUGACUCGCUGAUUAACUACGAAACUGUCAAAUAUUUCAACAACGAGAAAUACGAGGCUGGCUGCUACAACGAAGUGCUGAAAAAAUACGAGACGGCCAGCUUAAAGACAAGCUCCAGUCUGGCGUUGCUUAAUUUCGGACAGAAUGCUAUAUUCAGCAGUGCCCUCAGCAUAAUCAUGGUGCUGGCAGCCAAGGAGAUUGCUCAGGGCAACAUGACUGUUGGUGAUUUGGUGAUGGUGAACGCUUUGCUCUUCCAGCUGUCCAUACCGCUGGGCUUUCUGGGCAGCGUUUAUCGCGAGGUGCGUCAGGCGCUGCUGGACAUGCAGGCCAUGUUCACGCUGAUGAAUGUGGACAGUCGCAUUCAGUCGGCUCCCAAUGCACAGCCACUGUUUGUGGAUACCAGCAACUCGUCCAUUGAGUUCCAGAACGUGAACUUUGAGUAUGAGACGGGCAAACCCAUUUUCCGCAAUCUAUCAUUUAGCAUACCGGCUGGCAAAAAUGUGGCCAUUGUUGGCGGCUCGGGCUCUGGCAAGUCAUCGAUGGUGCGUCUGUUGUUCCGCUUCUUUGAGCCAAAUGCGGGACGCAUUUUGAUUGGCGGCCAGGACAUUAGCGGCGUGGAUCUGGACAGUCUGCGCAAAUCCAUUGCAGUGGUGCCUCAGGAUUCGGUGCUGUUCCACAACACCAUCGAGCACAACAUACACUAUGGCAAUCUGAGCAAGUCGCACGAGGAAGUGCAAAAUGCCGCUCGCAUGGCCGAUCUGCAUGAGGCUAUCAUGAGCUGGCCUAAUCAGUAUAACACCCAAGUGGGUGAACGUGGCCUUAAGUUGUCUGGCGGCGAGAAGCAACGUGUUGCUAUUGCUCGCGCCAUCCUAAAGAACACACCGAUCCUCGUCUUUGACGAAGCCACCAGCAGUCUGGAUUCCAUUACAGAACAUAACAUACUGCAAGCUCUGUCACGCGCCACCUCGGGACGCACCAGCAUUUGCAUUGCCCACCGUCUGUCCACUGUCAAGGAUGCCGAUGAGAUUCUUGUGCUUGAGAAUGGCAGCCUUGGAGAGCGUGGCACACAUCAGGAAUUGCUGAAGCAGAACGGUCUUUAUGCCCGCCUCUGGGAGACGCAGACACAGCAAUUCGAUCCCAGUCGCCUGGUAGAGGAGAAGCAGCAUGCCAGCACGAGUGCGUUGUAGUCAAAGAUCAUAACACGUUUGUUAAAUUACACAUUUUUUUUGACGAAGCCACCAAAUUUGCAGUAGAGGCUCCUACGUGGAGAUUUGUUAUAUAUAUAGGCUGAAAGUAAUGUAAUGUUGUGUCCGGUUUGUAAAUACAGUUAUACAUAGAGGGUA